AUGUCACGACUUCAGCCCGGUUCGAAGGCCAUCUCAACUGCCAACAUCUCCUCCCAAUCUGCCUCGGCCAUCUCCAACACCUCAGCAGUAACACCAACACUAGUUUCCGAAUCUUCCCCCAAAGAACCGGUGUCGAGAUUGACAUCUCCUGCCCCCCGCCAGGGCAAUCGGGGAACCUCCGACCCACUCUCAGACCGUUCAACCCUCUUUUUGAUCCGCCGCGCUCUAUGUUCGCAUCUUGGGGAUAAAGCUCGAAGCACCCCGGCCCCAAUCGACGAGAUCCUCCCGCCGCUGACGAGCAGUAAUGAGGUGGAUCUACAGCUAUACGCUUUCAUUGCAAUUAUUGUCAGGGAGUUUAUACAGACAUGGUACACAAAGAUCACCCCAGAUCCUGUGUUUGUGGAGGAGGUGGUGAAGAUUAUCGCGCAUUGCACAAGAGCUCUCGAACAGCGGAUGAGGAACGUUGAUCUGGAGAGUUUACUGUUUGAUGAGCUGCCAGACCUUCUGGAUGUGCAUCUCCAAGCACAUCGAACGGCACAUUAUUCCCCACAUCCACCGCCUCUCAAAGCGAACCCCCGAAGGAUAUAUCACGCCUUAUGGCCACUCUCUGCAUUGUCACCGGUUCCCGAUGAUAGCGGAGGACCAUGCACUCAGCAACAGCUGAAUAAUGAGGCCGUAUACAGGCAACUGCUCGUACAAGGCGUUUUGGCUAUCCUAUUACCUACCGAGGACCUCGAAAAUGAUUGCUUGGUUACUUUAGUCGGCCAAAUAUUCUCUGAGAUGAUACUUGGCGGUGGUAUUGGUGGAAAGGCUUCAGAGCCAUGGAUGCUAUGGGAGGGUAUCACAAAAGCUGCGAAUGUCAUACAGACCCAGCUCCCAGGAUCAAAGGCCAAUGUUCGUCUUGCGAGGUCCAAUUCAGACUCAGUAUGCACGCCGCCCUUAGUUGUGGCUCUCCCGGACAAGCAGAAAUGGGGAAUUGGAUUGCGAAUUCGGAGCACUUUUUGGCUAGUCCUUCAAUAUGCCUUUGUUACCUUCACCGCUAUACGGCUUUUGGUCGCCACGAUUGCCACAGCACCAUCGCUACCCUCUCGUACGGCGCCUACGGAAAAUGCUACAGACCCAAGCGCUUCGAAAGAACAAAUGUUUCAACCCGCGCAGGAAAACGAACCUAGGCUAAAGGGGAGAAGACAAACGAAGAAGACGCCAAUCAUCAAAAUGAAAGCAUGGUCUGUCGUUUGUCACCUGCUAGAUGUGGACUUUCGUAUGCCGUGGCUUUGUGGGGCAAUAUCAAUGCUUCAGUGGACAGCACUGGUGGGACCAGCAGAGGUCGGCACGACCGAUGGGAUGCUUGACAAGUGA